GGCGCUGCUACAUUGUGUAUAUAGUGUUGUAUAUAUGUUGAAUUGGAUUUGUAACAAGACUUGUGCUCUUGCUGGCCUCUGGGAGAAUCUGAUGCCAGAUUGUAUUUAGGAGGGUCGUAAGGAACACAAAGAGUCGCGUGACACAAGGAGUCCACCCUGCAUUAAAUUCAUACAGGUUAGAGUAAGUGAGACGUAAGUGGGUCAAAAUCAAGGAAGGGAGUUACUGUACAAGGGGGACUGUGUUGCACAUGACUCCUAUAAGGUGACAGUCAACGGUACAUAGACACACUCUGACUCUACCCUGCGUGUCUGCCAUAUAAAUAUAUAGUGUGUGUACUAGUAGCCUAUAGUACAUGAUAGUAUAGGCAUCACUGCACACUUAGUCAAUAUACCAUCGACGAGACUGCAGACAAAGUUUGAAACUUAUUGAGCACAAGUGGGUCAGUCAAUAUAUCCCGCCCGAAGCAAAGGAGUGAGUCGUUAUAUUGCUAAAAAGUUACUGAAAAGUGGCUAUCAACGCUAUAUUUAUGAUACAUCAUUUAUGACCACGCGUGCCGAACUAUAGGGCGACUAUUUCAAGCUUUGUCAAUUAAGCGAGAUCACACGGGGUCAAGUAGGGGACGCAGUUACCUGUGGCAUUUUAUACAUAUAUAUGAAUCAACGACAGAGGUGUUGAGAUUCGAGAUGUGUAUACUGCUUGCAUAGAUUUAUAUACCUUCGGGGGAGAUAAAGGAGGUCAUUUGGACAAGUGCCCGCAGUUUCUCUUUCAAUAUCUACCGUAUAUAGCCUACAAUAUAAAGUUGAAAUAGGCUGCGGCAUCUGUGGUUUAUUUCUGUACUUAUACUUUCACAUUCAGAUGUGGGCGGCCCUCAUGUGACAGACCAGAAUCAAUAUUUUACUAUUCGAUAUCAAAAUAAUUGUAUCAGUUUUGAAGACUUGGAUUAGUCAAGAACUUCUUGGAUUAGUGAAGCCUAUACGUGUUCGCUAAGUGACCCUGGACUUCGGAGGCGUUUCGUUUUACGUCUCGUGACUACCUCGUGAGUGAGGGAAAAACACAUUUCCUUUCUUCUUCGCAACAUCCGCCUUCACAACACUAUAUGAAGACGAGUCGUGUAUUCUGAUUUAAUAUUUGUCUCCUGCACUUAAUGAACACUCUCUAUGUGUGACAGACUAUGUUUAUCGUGUCCUUGCUUCGCCAGCAUUGGAAGAAAACUUUCGGCUAAACGGGAUCAGAUUUUUGAUAGCCGCAAAUACAAGACCAAGCAAAUGGAGGAGAAACUUAUUCAGGAGAUAGCAAGCGGGGCACCUGUAGAUAAAAUAAAACCGACCCUCUUCCUCAACAAACAUGACCAGGGAGAGCUGAAGGUUGAGUACCAAACCACUGUCGCUGAAACCGUGGACAAAAUGAGACAAGAUGGCUUCCUGGCGACCAGUAAGUUGGUCUUUAUUGUGCAUGGCUACAGGGACAACGCCCACUCCGGCUGGCUGGUUGAGGCCAAGGACAACUUACUGGAAGAAAACCCCGAUCAGACUGUGGUCUUAGUAGACUGGAGCCGGGGAGCCGAUACGGUGAUCUAUCCCUGGGCCGCGGCGGACACAGCCACGGUGGGGGCGUGGUUGGGAGAAGUGGCUGACGGCGUACGGUCCAAGUUCCCCGAGAUGAAAAUUUGGUCGGUAGGGCACAGCCUGGGCGCCCACCUGGUCGGCUCAGCUGGCAGGCACAGUAAAGGCGCCAUCCACCGUGUUACGGGACUAGACCCCGCCGGCCCGCUGUUCGAGAAAUAUCUCGACGUCGACAAGCGUCUUCGCCCUACAGACGCCGCAAUGGUGGACGUCAUCCAUACCGACGGCUAUGAGACUAACGUAAAGAACGGCGAGAAGAGACAGGUUAGCGUCCUCCGGCAAAUUGAAGGCGAACUGUCCGUGGCCGAUGCAUUAGUUAAUCACUUUGGUACUCUUAUACCGCUCGGAACGAUCGAUUUUUAUCCAAAUUACGGGUAUGAACAGCCGGGCGUAGCACCCUUUCAGACAUCUGCGCAACACCAUAGGGCGGUUCAGCUGUUUAACUGGAGCAUUAAAAACAAAGGGAAGUUCAUGACCAACCAGAUUCUUGAUGGGACGCCAGCGUUUGAGAAGCCGGUUAAAAAAUUGAAGACGACCGAAAACUGGGCUGAGAUGGGUUGUUACGCCGACCAAAGCUUUUGUGACCGUGGUCUGUACUUUAUCAGGACAAAUCCGACGAUACCAUGGGCGCCGGCAACGUCGGAGACGUCAAGUGAUACACCGUCGGCAUGGGGAUGCAAUAUUUUGUAAUUCUGACAAGUAGAAUACUUUCCUAAGCAGACGCGCACACGAGAUUGACUGACUUAAUAAGUGAUAUUGCCCAAUUAAUAGACAUAAAAAUGGACAAAAAAUUUUAAGAUUUGGUUAAAGUGCAACGCGUUUUUAUCUGUACAUUACAGUCCAAGGAACGGAUGUGCAAUACGGCAUAGGCCCCCAUUUUUACCACCCCCCAUCCCCCACCCCCCUUAGUGGUGGGACUGGUGCUUUUACAACAGAAUAUGUGACACUAUUUGUAUUGAUUUUGUCAAAAAAGUAAUGAGUUUUUAACGGCUAAAACAGCAAAUUAUAGUAAGAGAACCACUUCAUUUUACCUAGAUGGUGUUGCAUUAUAAGGACUUCAUGGCUUCCACUCUGGUGAAAGUAUUUAAUAUAGUUAACGUUUUGAAAAUAUUAAUUUUUUUCAAGCAUGGGGGUUUAACUUGAAUAUAUACUGUAAAUUCUAUAGCAAUGAGAUUUUGUAGGGAAAAUUACAUAGGAUGUCCCAAUGGGCAGCUAAAGGAAAUUUUAGACUCAUUUUGUCAUUUGUUAAGUAUUCAAAAAUACCGUUAUCAUUCCAGUUUAAUAGUUUAAAGUUAAUUUUCAAAGUCCAGCAAGAACUAUUAUGGCAUUUGUCUACAUACACGCUAUCGCAAAAUCUCUUUCGUUUUCUUUGAUUACUUCCGGUUUGUAAGUGUUAACUAAUUACUUCCUUGUGUGACGAAGCGCUACGUUUCUGUUUCACUUUCGGAUGGUGACUAAAUGUCAGCACGCAUAUUUACAUUCAGUUGUGUGAUUUGAUAACACGAGACGUAUCUUUGCUUUUGUCAUGGAGACCGAAUGAACAGUUAUGAAAUUAAAUCUACUGUCACCUUUG